GAUUUGAAUGUAAAGAGCAGUGGUAACCUCAUAUUUGGAAUUUCACAUCAGACGUUUCGAAUACAAAGCUAGCGUACCGGUGAGAUACGUUUGAUAACUAUGAGUGGUUUGCAAAGGAUAAGGACUGUAAUAAUUCGUUUCGAUCCAUUUGAAAACGCGGUAGUGCCAUUCAUUUAGCCUAGUACCCUGUGAUCAUUUCAAGUUCGCCGGUCAAGUAUCAACACCUCUGGAAUUGUGCUUUAGAUGAGAACUCGACUGAUAGUGAGCUUUGGACAAAAAGGACCCAGGCCUGACAGGGCUGGAGAUUAAGCAAAUAACAGAAUAUCUGCAAAACCAAUAGCUCUUGACAGCAAUAAUUUUUGGAAUGCAAAAACUACAUGGACUGUUUUGGAUUACCGUAACGUGUGCAUCAAUCCUCGUUACAUGUGUAUUCCCGGUGGCGUAUAGUAGGAUCUUUACCGAGAUACUUGUGAAGUAGCCUAACCCUCUAACUUUGCUCUCUGUAUUCAAGAACCACAAUUCCUUUCCAGCGGCGUGCUUUGGAAUUCCAGUCUCAAAAAGAGAAAAUGAGAAAAUAUAAUCUCACACUGGUUUGUUUAAUGGCUUGCAUACUUUCAAUCCGCGGUACCUUGGGGACAACGGGGGCGGAAAUAACCGGGGCAGAGACUCAAACCGUUGCCCGGGAGUCGUGCGCAUCGUGUGGGAUGCCGGAGGCGUCAGAACGGGUGGACGUAGACCUUUUGGAAGCAGUCAAGAGGCACAUCUUGAACAGGUUACAAAUGAGUGAAAGACCCAACAUUACUCAUCCUAUUCCCAAGGCUGCAAUGUUGACAGCGCUGAGGAGGCUUCAAGCCAGUAAGGUACGGGAAGACGGGAGGGUUGAGAUCCCCAACCUUGAUGGACAAGCUUCCUAUAGUAACGAGCUGCAAGGGGAGACGUCGGAGAUAAUAAGUUUCGCAGAAUCAGGUAAUUAUCGAUAAUCGUAGGAUUUAUAUCACUCAUUUGAUCACCCCUUUUAUCUCCCUUUAUUUCUGAGUCAUUAUUAAUUCAGUGACACACAGUACAUUACUGUAAAAUUGACUGUAUUAAACUGUAAAAAGUAAAUGCUACCAUUAUCGGGAUGAAUGAAUGUAUGAAUGAAAUUCAUUGAGGGGUGGGGUUUUUAUUUCACAGGAUUUUACUGUAAUUACAAGGGUUUGCUGCAAGGUAAAUUGUUUCAACAUUACAGCAUAUUAAUUAAUAUUUGGUAUUUUAUAUCACUUGCACUUCUAGAGUUCUUAACAAAGGCUUCCAAACUAGCAGCAACUACCGACCAAAAGGACAUGGCAAAAUGCUCAACCAUUAAAGGUUUAAGACUUGUUGCCACUCCAAUCUGUUUUCUAUACAUUUUUAAUUGAUUUGGCACAAUAACCACAUAGGAGUUAAAUUAGUACAGCAUUCUGACUCAGGGGUGCCACAAAUAUAGCCUCUUACAAGGCACAUCUCAAAAUAUGUUAAUAAGCCAGAAACAACACCACCAUGCACCCACUAGUGGUCAAAACGUUUUUGGCACUCCAAAGAUAUGGUGUGGUACUGUAUUCUGCAACAAUCUCUCACAUUCUCGCGUCAGAAUUAGACGUUCAUCCAUGUUUCUCAAAUGUAAAAUGUAAGAUUACAUUACGGCAGGUAGCUUAGUGGGUAAGAGCAUUGCGCCAGUAACCGAAAGAUCGCUGGUUCUAAUCCCCGAGCUGACUAGGUGAAAAAUCUGUCAAUGUGCCCUUAAGCAAGGCACUUAACCCUAAUUGCUCCUGUAAGUCAUUCAGGAUAAGAGUGUCUGCUAAAUGACGUAAAUUUAACUCCGAAUGGUUAAGGUUUGGGAUACAAAACAAAAAUAAAAUAAACAACUUUCUAUCGCUGGAUUCGAACAUGCAAACUUUUGCACCAGAGGCUUACACCCAUCCGCCAUCCCCGUCCACAACAACCAAGCAAGACCGAAACCUACUUAAAGGUAACAGCACUCACUGUUACCCCUAGUGGCCAGUUUCCACAUCAUCUCCCAACGUCCUCAGACAUGGAUGGAUGUCUAAUACUGACUUGUAUCACGGGUGACCUUCUGUGGGUUGGAAUUACAGUACCAUUAGAAAUACAACAAUUCUUUCCCCGGCCACAACAUUUUCCCAAAAUGCACCAUAAUUUACAGUAUGCUGCAGUAAAAUGUUUCAGAGUAUUUUACAUUUUACAUUUUUACAUUUUAGUCAUUUAGCAGACGCUCUUAUCCAGAGCGACUUACAGUUAGUGAGUGCAUACAUUAUUUUAUUUUUCAUACUGGCCCCCCAUGGGAAAUGAACCCACAACCCUGGCGUUGCAAACGCCAUGCUCUACAUCCCUGCCGGCCAUUCCCUCCCCUACCCUGGACGACGCUGGGCCAAUUAUGCGCCGCCCCAUGGGUCUCCCGGUCGCGGCCGGCUACGACAGACCCUGGAUUUUACUGUUGAUAAUACCACGAAUUAUCGUAUAAAUUACAGUUUUCCGUUACAGUAUAGACAAUCAGCACGUUUUUCUGUACUCAGAUAUAUUAAGUGCAACAGGUUUCCUCAAAAGUUUUGAAUAAUAACAGCACAUUGGGGUUUACAGUGCACACACACAGACAAGCACAGGGCCGGAUUAGCAAAUCAUAGAUGGUUGUGCAUCAACAGUUUUUCUCUUGUUAUGUCAGUCACUGACAGUCACUCAAUUAGCCAUGUCUGUUAACAAUUUAUUGAUUGGUAAGUUAGUCUAGCCAGCUAUCUAAACUUGAAGUAAUCAUGGCCGAAUACCGACCGGGCACGCAGGGCACGUUCCCAGGGGCCCUGACCUCCAGGGGGCCCCCAUUAAUUUUGUUUGUCACUCUCUCAGAUAUAAUUAACAUGGCAAAAGUCAUGGCAAAAUGUGUAGAAUUGCAGGUAAUUAGCUUUUAAACUGCAAAAAUUACUCCCCACCUCAUGGAAAAAUAUUUAUAAUUGCAGAAAACCUGCUUUAAAACAGCAAAAUGUUCUCUACGUUACCCAACCAAGGCAGGGGCCCUCAGUUACCCAUGUGGGCCCCCUACCUCCUCUCCUCCCCCAUCUGAUGAUUAUCAGAGCGACAGUAGCAGGCGGUCUACACUGAUUGAGAGCGGGCCCCUGAGUCCUCCUGUGGUUGGCGUUUGCAUAAAAAAAAUAUAUCGAAAAAAUAUACAGUUGAAGUCGGAAGUUUACAUACACUUAGGUUGGAGUCAUUAAAACUUGUUUUUCAACCACUCCACAAAUUUCUUGUUAACAAACUAUAGUUUUGGCAAGUCGGUUAGGACAUCUACUUUGUGCAUGACACAAGUAAUUUUUCCAACAAUUGUUUACAGACAGAUUAUUUCACUUAUAAUUCACUGUCUCACAAUUCCAGUGGGUCAGAAGUUUACAUACACUAAGUUGACGGUGCCUUUAAACAGCUUGGAAAAUUCCAGAAAAUGAUGUCAUGGCUUUAGAAGCUUCUGAUAGGCUAAUUGACAUUAUUUGAGUCAAUUGGAGGUGUACCUGUGGAUGUAUUUCAAGGCCUACCUUCAAACUCAGUGCCUCUUUGCUUGACAUCAUGGGAAAAUCAUAAGAAAUCAGCCAAGACCUCAGAAAAAAAAUGGUAGACCUCCACAAGUCUGGUUCAUCCUUGGGAGCAAUUUCCAAACGCCUGAAGGUACCACGUUCAUCUGUACAAACAAUAGUACGCAAGUAUAAACACCAUGGGACCACGCAGCCAUCAUACCGCUCAGGAAGGAGACACGUUCUGUCUCCUAGAGAUGAACGUACUUUGGUGCGAAAGUGCAAAUCAAUCCCAGAACAACAGCAAAGGACCUUGUGAAGAUGCUGGAGGAAACAGGUACAAAAGUAUCUAUAUCCACAGUAAAACAAGUCCUAUAUCGACAUAACCUGAAAGGCCGCUCAGCAAGGAAGAAGCCACUGCUCCAAAACCGCCAUAAAAAAAGCUAGACUACAAUUUGCAACUGCACAUGGGGACAAAGAUCGUACUUUUUGAGAAAUGUCCUCUGGUCUGAUGAAACAAAAAUAGAACUGUUUGGCCAUAAUGACCAUCGUUAUGUUUGGAGGAAAAAGGGGGAAGGAUUGCAAGCCGAAGAACACCAUCCCAACCGUGAAGCACGGGGGUGGCAGCAUCAUGCUGUGAGGGUGCUUUGCUGCAGGAGGGACUGGUGCACUUCACAAAAUAGAUGGCAUCAUGAGGAAGGAAAAUUAUGUGGAUAUAUUGAAGCAACAUCUCAAGACAUCAGUCAGGAAGUUAAAGCUUGGUCGUAAAUGGGUCUUCCAAAUGGACAAUGACCCCAAGCAUACUUCCAAAAUGGCUUAAGGACAACAAAGUCAAGGUAUUGGAGUGGCCAUCACAAAGCCCUGACCUCAAUCCUAUAGAACAUUUGUGGGCAGAACUGAAAAAGCGUGUGCGAGCAAGGAGGCCUACAAACCUGACUCAGUUAACCCAGCUCUGUCAGGAGGAAUGGGCCAAAAUUCACCCAACUUAUUGUGGGAAGCUUGUGGAAGGCUACCCGAAACGUUUGACCCAAGUUAAACAAUUUAAAGGCAAUGCUACCAAAUUCUAAUUGAGUGUAUGUAAACUUCUGACCCACUGGGAAUGUGAUGAAAUAAAUAAAAGCUGAAAUAAAUCAUUCACUCUACUAUCUGACAUUUCACAUUCUUAAAAUAAAGUGGUGAUCCUAACUGACCUAAAACAGGGAAUAUUUACUAGGAUUAAAUGUCAGGAAUUGUGAAAAACUGAGUUUAAAUGUAUUUGGCUAAGGUGUAUGUAAACUUCCGACUUCAACUGUAAAUACUACAUAUAUAUAUAUAAUAUACAGUAUGCUGUCUAUUUCGUUUUUAAUUAAUUAUUUUGUUUCCGUCUUGGGCACCCUACGGGCCUCAGCCUCAUGCCCUACACACACACUCUGUGAGCUCUAAUCUAUCAUCAGUUAGAUAACAGAAACCAAUAAUUGCCAGGUUAGUGAGGUGAGAACGUCAUAUUUGACUGUUUUUAGGUUUGUAUAGCAGAGGAAGCAUCAGAGGAAGCAUUAGCAGCACACACAGUACCAUCAGCCUGGAUGGGUUCCUAGCUGUUGCCUUCUAAUAGGAAUGAUCUGAGCACAUUCAUGACAAGGGAACAAAAGCAACAGCCUGGUCUCAUGUAUUAGAUGUAACAUAGUAAAAGUACAUCUGGGACACUCAAAUUAAUAUGAUAUGUUACAUUUGGUAUGUUACAUAAGACAGAAGGUUAUGCGAACGUCUAGCAACCCAAAGGUUGCGUGUUUGAAUCGCAUCACGGACAACUUUAGCAUUUUAGCAACUUUGCAACUACUUACUACUUUUUAACUUCUUUGCAACUACUUAGCAUGUUAGCUAACCCUAAUCUUAACCCUUUAACUUAACCCCCAACCCUAACCCCAACCUUAACAUUAACCCCUAACCCCUAGCCUAGCUAACAUUAGCGUUAGCUACUAGCCACCUAGAUAACGUUAGCCACAACAAAUUGGAAUUCGUAACAUAUCAUAUGUUUCGCAAAUUCGUAAUAUAUUGUAGGAAUUGCAAUUUGUAACAUAUUGUACGAAUUGCAAAUUAAUACAUACUGUACGAAACGUAACAUAUCACACUAAUUGGAGUGGACCGGAAUUACGUUUACUAUGUUACAUCUACCCCUGAGUCCAGGUUGAACACAAGGCAAUUAUUGAGAGAGCACUGUGCAUUCUUGCUAAACCCAAUAUGUCAACAUUAAGAAAAUGCUCAGAAUAAUGCAUGAGACAUUUGAGUCACCGGUUGUGGGUUCGGGGUGAUGGAGAGAUGGAGGAGGAGGGUGCAUGGUGUGCACAUAUCACCGUUUUCUAAAUAAUGUUUUUGUCAUAUAAAGGUUCACCAACCUGGCCUCUUUGCUUUUGCCAUUAUUCACGACACCUUUGAGCCUUUGUGCAGCAUUGUGCCAUGGAACUGGCUUUGCUCCCUGUUCUCUAGACCCCCUCUGCCUUCAGGCCAGCUGGCACUCACCCCCAGAGCCCAAAGCCCAGGCUGCCAGCCAGGGCAUGGAGAGAGGGACAAGGCCCCUAGAGCGACCUGGAGAGAGGCAGCUAGACCAGGCCCAGGCACAGGCCGGGUGAUGUCACAGUCAAAGAUCAAGGUGUGCUGGUAGGGGCCUAGGGGAGUUUGUGAUGGGCUUUACUGGAUGACUGCGAAGUAUCAGGCCAAAGUAUUUUGUGAAGGUGUGGGACGUUGUCCUGUCUUAUUCGCAUAGUUUAAACUGUAUGGUUUUCAGCCAGCUAGGAGCUAGGAGGCAGCUAUAGCUCUCAGUCAGCCAUCAGUCUUAGACUGCCUAGCGGAGCAGAGGCUGAGACUGAGACUGAGCUCACUGCCAACGUUCCAGGUAAGGAACAGUGCCAACCACCCGUCUCUUAUGACACGGUCCCGUGGGCCCUCGCUUUGGCGGCAGGAUUUGGUGUCCCGUAACCACGGGAGCGGAGCGGAGGGCAAGGGGAGAUGUGAGUUGGUAUAGCGUUGGUAUAGCCGUUUGGACCGGUUGAACUCCCUGUGACUCCGGUCCAAGUAACGGAAUCAAGACUUAAUUAUUGGAUGUCAUUAACUCUGGCCCAGUCCCCGGGCUAUGUCCCAAAUGGCACCCUAUUCCCUAUAUAGUGUACUAUUUGACCAGAGCCCUAUGGGCCCUGGUAAAAAUGUCCAUUAUAUAGGGAAUAGGGUGCCAUUUGGGAUGCAGCCUUGCAGGGCUAUAGGGCUGGCUGCUGGGUUUACACUGGGACACAGUCUUUCAUGAAGAAACAUCAAUCAUGCCCUGUCUGGAGCCGCUCCAGGCAUUUUCCACAUCACACUCAAUCCAAUCCCCCCCCCCCGUGUGUAUGUCAUUUCUCCACCACUACCACCAAAGCAGCUUACUAACAGCUGGCCGAAUGGGGCUCGCCCUGACCUGCUGUGCUCUUUCCCCCUCUCCUAUUUCCCUGUGUGGAAUUCCUGGAGUGCAGAGCUGAGCACUGUGCUCCAGCAGCCUAAGGGAUGGCUGUCAGAGCUGUGUGUGUCUGUGUGUCUGACUGCAAGGCGAGGCUCAUGUCAGAGCAGCGGUGCUCCGCGAUGUGCGGUCUCUGUUGACACAGACUUUGAGUAAUGAGCAUAGCACCCUGCUACAUGCACCCUGCCUAUGUUGUGCACACGCACACGUGCACACACACGCACACUGCCUGCCUGCCUGCCUGCCUGCCGGUCUGUCUGCCUCCCUGCUUGUCUGCUUUUUUGUCUGCCUGAUUGCCUGCCUGCUUGCCUACCUGUCUACCUGAUUUCCCGCCUGCUUACCUACCUGUCGGCCUGCCUUGUUGUUGUGUUGGUGGCGCAGGUGGGGACACGCUGAGGCAGCUGUAGUACCAGCAGUGCUAGCUCUACCAGAGAGCGAGAGAGGCCCAGCCAGAUAUCACCCUCCCCUCACCUGCCCUGCCCUAACCCUGCCUGGCCCAGGAGCACAUUGACGCCAGGCACACUCAGAGUCAGGCAGCACACCUCUUGGUUUAACUGGUCUCCUCCCUAACCUCCUUCCUCACCUCGCUUCCCCCCUCACCUUCCCACAGCCUGCAGUCAGUGCACACCGGUGUUAAAGCACCUGGCUAUGUGUUUUUGUGGUAUUUUAGAAAAGGAAAGAAAAGGUAAAUAGUUUAAGUGUUUUCUAGCAGGAUGAUUCUCAAUCCACUCCAGCAUCCACUUUAAUGCGGCCACCCACUGGGCACACACUGGUUGAGUCAAUGUUGUUUCCACGUCAUUUCAAUGAAAUUGAACCAACGUGUAAUAGAUGUUGAAUUUACUUCUGUGCCCAGUCGGCAGUCUCAGAUACCCUAACUUGUGGGCCGUUAAAAAAUAUGUUAUUUUUAUAUAAAGCUAGCACAUCUCUUAUGACCAUGCUUCAGUCCAGACUGGAGGAUCUUUGUAGUCAGAGAUUCAGACUGCCAUCUCACUUCAUUGCCUCCCAUACACUGUCACUCAGGGCACAGAGAGAGAAACGCCCUGGCCUAUGAGCUCCCCUGUUGAUCACUGGGAGCUGUUGAGGCAAGCAGCAAGGCAUGGUAGUAAAUGAGGCGAGGUUAGAUACUCCUUACCUCGGGCCAUGACAGCAGUUAAAACAGGGGAAAACUGUUAUUGAAUCAAUGCCUUUAGAUCUACACUUCUGAUGCAUUUCAAUACAUACAGUUCUUCUUACAUUCUUGAUACUGCACUCUGAGGGUUGGAUAUCGAUGUUGCUGAUAUGCAUGCACCUUGUGCUUUUGUUGUUGCCACAGGGAUGUGUGUGUGUGUGUGUGUGUGUGUGUGUGUUACUUUGGCUCCCGGCUGACAUACUGUAGCGGGAGGCAGAACUAGUCUGAACAGGUCUGUGUGAAAUGAAUGUAAAGUCACUGUUACUGGAGUACGUUGUAAACGUAGAGUCGCUUUAAAAGGAUCAUCUUUGGUGGUUAGCUGUUGACACCAACUCACGCUAAUCAGUUUGUAAACAAAGACAUUUUGCCACUUCAACAUGUGCUCAGCUGAAGCCGAUCCUGGCUAACCCCCAGACAGAACCCUCUCGGUUUUCACAGUAAUUUGGAAGACAUCAUUAGGCUUAAAAAAAAAGAUACGGCCGACCCCAAACUCCAUUAUGCCUUAGACAUUUGGAAUCUCUUUGUGUCGUUUUAGAAAGUGGCCAGUGUCAUGUAAAUUGAUUUUAUUUUUGCCUCAUCAUGCUUUUGGUUAGGAGGGCCACGCGCUCAAUGCCAGGCAGCAGCGAGGCUGUCUCCUAAUACCUCACUGGGGUCUUUAUGCUGUCAGUCUCAGAGGCUCCGGGGAGCUCAGGGGGUUUCACACACACACACAUACACACACACACAAACAGCGAACUCAAUUAACCCCCUGGGGCCCGGGCCUUGUCCACCCCCCUCCUCCACUCCCCUAGUCUUCACAAUCAGACCUGAUGCCAACUGGGCCUGCUCCCAGAACUGGGCUGUCAGGAGAAACAGCCUAUAAGGAACUAGUCUAACGGCAUGUGAUGUAAGAGAAAGAGAGUGGUGAUGGAGAGGAGAGGAGAGGAGAGGAGAGGAGAGGAGAGGAGAGGAGAGGAGAGGAGAGGAGAGACAGAACUGACUGAACUGCUCCCUCUCUGGCUCCCUGCUUGGGGCUCCCUGUGGAUGUUUGUCCACUUCUUUCUCCCUCUUAAAAAUGACACUCAUAUGUAGUAUGAUAUAACUUUCAUUCACAGAGACACAAGUUGGAAAACUGUGAGGAUUUCAUCCUCCUGUCCUGUUUGAAUUUGUGAAUUUUGUCAGCUUUUCUAACUUGCCCUUUAAAAUUGUCAGUUUAUUCUCUUGACCCUUGACUGUACAGUAUAUAUCACUAAACCCACAUUUCCCUCUCUUCUCUAUCAGAUGAGCUGGUUUCAUCUCAAGCCUCUAAGUCCAGCCUCCACUUCCUCAUCUCCAGUGAAGGGAACCAGAACCUGUAUGUGUCUCAGGCCAACCUGUGGCUCUACUUCAGGCUGCUGCCCACCGGCUCCGAGAAAGGGCCUCGACGGAAAGUCACAGUUAAGAUCCACUACCAUGAGGCAGGGACUGGGGCUGCAGGUGGAGCCGGGGGAGGAACAGGGCCCGGGGUAGGGGGAGGAGGUCGGUGGACCCUAGUGGAGAAGCGUGUGGACCUAAAGCGCAGUGGCUGGCACACCUUCCCCCUGUCAGAGGCAGUGAGGGCCCUGUUUGGUAAGGGCGGCCGGCGGCAGGACCUGGAGGUGCGCUGCGAGGGCUGUGAGGCGUCCAACGUGGUUCCUAUCUUAGUCGACCCAGUGGAACCCUCACACAGGCCCUUUCUGGUGGUCCGGGCACAGCAGGUGGAAGGGAACCACCGCAUCAGGAAGAGGGGGCUGGAGUGUGACGGGAGCAGUGGAGGCCUGUGCUGCAGACGGCAGUUCUACAUAGACUUUCGCCUCAUUGGCUGGAACGACUGGAUCAUCGCACCCGCGGGUUACUACGGUAACUACUGCGAGGGAAGCUGCCCGGCGUACAUGGCGGGGGUACCGGGGUCGGCGUCGUCAUUCCACACAGCAGUGGUCAACCAAUACCGGAUGAGGGGCAUGAGCCCCGGCUCGGUCAACUCCUGUUGUAUCCCCACCAAGCUCAGCACCAUGUCUAUGCUGUACUUCGACGAUGAGUACAACAUAGUAAAACGAGACGUGCCCAAUAUGAUAGUGGAAGAGUGUGGCUGUGCCUGA